AUGGCGCCGCCGCCGCCGCCCGCCUUUAUAGGCGCCGCGCCCGGGCCCCGCCCCUCACGCCGCCCGGCGCCACGGGGCGGGGCCGCCGCGGGGCCCGCCGGGAAAAAGCGCGCCGCGCGCCCGCCCCCCGCGGCGCCCGAUUGGCGGCCGCGGGGUGGGCGGGGCCGGGCGCGCGCCGCCGAUUGGUGUCCCUUUCCCCGGCGGGCCUCUGUCUCCUUGGCGGCGUGGGCCCACAAGGACCCCGGAUACUCGGGAUUUUGGGGGUCCCCAGCGGCCCCCUUCCCGUCGGAGACCCUCAUUUUCGGCCAGAGCCGGGUGGAGACGGGGGUCCUCGGGGAGGGGGCGCUUUCUCCGUUGGUCCCAGAAACCACCCCUCAGCCUGGAGUAUCUGCUGUCUCGGGGGGCGUCUCCAUGACGGCCAGGGCCUUGGAGGAACUGGACACAGGCCUGGGAAGCCUGCAAGCAGCAGUGGUAUCCCGGAGGGCAGAUGCCAGCAGCUGGCCCCUGGACUUGGCAGCUGAGGGCAGCCUUGCAGGAGGUGCGGAUGUGGGGCCCAAGAAGACAGCGAUGGAGCCUGAUUCUCAAACGGACCCAGGACUCGGGAAGGAGAAGUUGAGAGCAGCGCCCCGGAGCCCCGCGCGCAGGAAGACGCAGCCCGCCCCACCCUCGCAGCCCCCGCCGACGCCACCGCCGCCGCCGCCCCGGGAACAGCCGCUCUGGGGGUCUCUAUCGCUCAACAAGUGUUUGGUGGUCGCCUCGCUCGUGGCGCUCCUGGGCUCGGGGUUCCAGCUGUGCCGCGACGCUGUGAUAGGGGUGGCCAACGCCCCGGCGCCCGGGCCCGGGGUCCCGCCGAGCUCAGUCCCGAAGGAGCCAGAAGCGCCCGCGGCGCCCGUGCUGCAGGAAGCUAGGCCCAUCCUCCCGCCACCGCCGGCACCCGCGGCCGGGACCGAGGAGCGGGAGGACGCUGCGGGGAGCGGGGAGGCUGCCGAGAAGGAAGAGGAGGACAUCGCGGAGCCCGCGGGGGAGGAGGAGGAGGACUCCGCGCCCCUUUUAGCUCCGGAGCGCAAGGAGAAGCGCAAGAAGGAGCAGGCGCCCAGGAGGGAGAGGCCGCGGCAGGAGAGGCCGCGGCGAGACUCCGGGCUGCGGGAAGAGAAGCAGCCCCGGGCCGCCAGGGAGCCGCGGAGGGCGCGAGAGCCGGACCCCCGGCCGCGGGCGCGCGCCUCGGGGGACCCGGAGCCCAGGAAGCGGCCGGCCUGGGCCUCGCGGCAUCACCCCGACGAGGAGGACCGGCGUUUGGGCCGGAAGCACCGCGUUGGCAAAGGGCGGGACUGAGCCUGGACCGGAGG